AUGCCAACAGCUACAGUAUCAAUUAGGCCCAUUUGUCUUUGUUGUGUUCCUGCAAGCAUUUCUCUCCAUCGUCCUGCUACUCGUGCUCAUAAAGCUACUGCUGCUCAUGAUCGUUCUCUUCAACAUCAGCAGGUUGCUAUUAAAGCAGAAAAUGCCUAUUCCAUUGUUAUAGUUGACAGAGAUGCGACUUUAAACUCUACUGCUUUUGCUGCUGAAGAACAUGAUUAUUUUGAUUAUAGAGUGUCUCAUUUCUCACGUAUUGAUUUUGCUAUUGGUGAUUACGAGGUUUCUUUCGAUAAUGCUGUUGCUCGCUAUUUUUAA